CGCGCAAGAGCGUAACACGAGUAAGCCUUUAAGGAAAUGUCGACCAAAGAAGUGACAAUUAGCGUCGUAUAUAGUACAUAAACUGCCUGUGGUUUGGUGUCUCAGAAAAGCCCUUUGAAUACGACGUAGUAGCGUCAACACCUAGAAUAGAAUGAUCAAAGAACCCGAGCAGCGCACAUUAAUCGGUGAUAUUAUUCGAGACAAUGUCUAGUUGUCAGAACGCGAUAGAAAAAAAAUGUAAUCCUGAUAUUCUUCGGAGGAUAUCUGAGAAUCACCAAGGGACAUCCUAUACGAGUUUCUACCUCUUCUUCUCCAGUACGUUUCUGUUUACCAUGGCGGGCACGUUGCUGUCCACCGGCGUCUGGUGCUUCCUGGUUAGGCUACCCAUGAUCCAUCUGGCACGCGGACCCUCGAGGAUUGUCAUCCUCCUCAGCGGUUACAUCUUCGCCGCCGGUGCACUCACGUUGCCUGCCUCAUGCAUCCUGUAUCGCGAGCAUAACGUGACUCGGGGUCACUAUACAUUACUUCCGAUGAUGAUAAUGCUGUGCACGAGUACCAUCUUCUUAAUUUGCGGCGCUACCCAUGGAAUCAUAUAUCGUAAAUCACAUUUCUUUUCCGAAGAAUUCGCAUUAGCGCAAAAGGACGAGGGUUUAUUAAUAUCGCAGCAGGAACGCGCAGCGCUUCUAUUCGGUACACUGCCCGGAUGGAUUAAUACCGCGCUUACUUCUCGAGAUUACCUAAACUACUCGUCCACAUGGGAUUUAAUGCAGACACGCCUGGAGUGUUGCGGAAUUAACGAUGCGAGUGACUGGACCAGAUAUCCCGGUUUGCCCGAGCUCCCUCAGUCCUGCUAUUCUACGAGUCUCGACGAAGACGGUAAAAGAAGCGUGUGGAAAACAGGCUGUCUCGAUGCGAUAGCGUUGGAUUUAGCCUGGAUCACCGCGUAUAUGGUGGGACUGUGCUUCAUGUCGAUCCCGUCACAUAUUCUAGCUAUUGUAUCGGCGGGGAUACUUUUACAGAUCUCGAAACGAACAUCGAUCUCCAACGACUGACAUUCUUUCACGAUACACCAUGAAUGACGUGGUGAUUUUAUACGUUCGCGUUACACCUCUCAGUUCAGUUCACGACUCGGUUCAAUUGGUGAAUGACAACCUACCUUAAAUAAAACUUUUUUGUUA